AAUCACGACAUUCGUUUUGCUUAAAUACGGAUAAUCAGUAGUGAUUUGCUAUCAGUUUCAAUCAACAGAACCAAGCAUACACAGCACAGUUCAAAAAAAAAAACACCGACAAAAUGGCAGCUAAGAUGAUCGUUUUCGCAGCCUGCGUGGCCGCAGCACUCGCUGAAUACGCCGCCCCGGCUUACCCAGCACACCACGCUUACGUCGCUGAACACUCAGCCCCGACCCCGUACAACUUCGAGUACAGCGUAAACGACCCACACUCCUACGACGUCAAGAGCCAAUCCGAGUACAGCGACGGACACGGAAACGUCAAGGGAUCGUACAGCCUUUUGGAAGCCGACGGUUCCACCCGCGUCGUCGAAUACACCGCCGACGACCACAGCGGUUUCAACGCUGAAGUCAAGAAAAUCGAAGGACAUAGCCACGGUUACAGCGCACCAGCUUACAAAUCCGCCCCAGCCUACAAGGCCGCCCCAGCCUACAAAGCCGCACCGGCCGCAUACGCCGGACACUCAUACGCCGCCCCAGCUGCAUACGCCGGACACUCUUACGCUGCCCCAGCUCACUCUUACGCUGCCCCAGCCGCAUACGCUGCACACUCUUACUCCGCCCCGGCUUACAAACCAGUCGCAUACAACGUGGCUGCCGCCCUCGCCGAAUACGCAGCCCCGGCUUACCCAGCACACCACGCUUACGCCGCUGAACACUCAGCCCCGACCCCGUACAACUUCGAGUACAGCGUAAACGACCCACACACCUACGACGUCAAGAGCCAAUCCGAAUACAGCGACGGACACGGAAACGUCAAGGGAUCGUACAGCCUUUUGGAAGCCGACGGUUCCACCCGCGUCGUCGAAUACACCGCCGACGACCACAGCGGUUUCAACGCUGAAGUCAAGAAAAUCGAAGGACAUAGCAACGGUUACAGCGCACCAGCUUACAAAUCCGCUCCAGCCUACAAAGCCGCCCCAGCCUACAAAGCCGCACCGGCCGCAUACGCCGGACACGCAUACGCCGCCCCAGCUGCAUACGCCGGACACUCAUACGCCGCCCCAGCUGCAUACGCCGGACACUCAUACGCCGCCCCAGCUGCAUACGCCGGACACUCAUACGCCGCCCCAGCUGCAUACGCCGGACACUCAUACGCCGCCCCAGCUGCAUACGCCGGACACUCAUACGCCGCCCCAGCUGCAUACGCCGGACACUCAUACGCCGCCCCAGCUGCAUACGCCGGACACUCAUACGCCGCCCCAGCUGCAUACGCCGGACACUCUUACGCCGCCCCAGCUCACUCUUACGCCGCCCCAGCUCACUCUUACGCCGCCCCAGCUCACUCUUACGCCGCCCCGGCUUACAAACCAGCUGCGUACAAAGCUUACUAAUAAUUUAUUGUCAGUUAUUUUUUUUUUACACGGAGCUUUAAUUUCCAACCAUGGAAAUCAGCUCUUUUGUUA